AAAGUUGGGGGGCACCGACCGGCCUGCACCGGCCUAAAUACUGUCCCAAUCCAGGUACCUUGGUGACAACUAGGAUACGACAGAUUGGAGUGAAUGUUACCUGCGGUAUUUCCCUCUGCACUUGACAUGCCGCAUUGUUAUAAAUUCUUCAUUGUUUAAAUUUGAUGUUACAACGAGUGAACCGAGAGCAAACGAUCAUUACGGGAGAUAUCGGGCUUUUUGAAACCUUCGAAGUCGUUUCAUCGCUGAUGCUCCAAUAUUGAAGAGGUGUGAUUAAAAAAAAAUAUGGAGAUCUGCAAAGAAGGAGGAGACAGAUCUAGCCAUGAACCCAGUAGAGAGUUGAAAAAGUCGUGGUCUGAAUUGCGUGGAGUAGUUAGUGAGUUUCGGAGACGUCUGUCAGGUGCAUCUGACGGAUCUGUACCGGAUGCUGUCACCUUCAGAUCAUUACCAGAUGGCCGGAUUAGGAUCUACUUCUUGGGGACUCCAAGCAACGGUUGGGAGACAACUCUGCUGUACGUUGAUGUUGGACAGUCUGAUCACGUGAAAGGAUGUAAAUUUCACUGGCAACCGAUAAUCGAACCUAAUUUUCAAAGUGUAUCAAGUGCCAAUAGACUGUCGAGGGAGGAGCAACUCCUGUGGGAGAGGAAAAGACUGACAACUUGGGGAAUCACAAGCUACGAAUUGCACCAGGAGAGUGGUAAACUGGUAUUUCCAGCAGCAAGUAGUCUCUACCAAUGUGUAGACACUGGCUUUGGAUCGGGUCCGCUAUUUCCCUCUGAAUUGAGGAUCUCCACUUCAGGAGCCAAACUCUGCCCCCAGAUAUGCCCCUGGAAUGUAUCGUUGGUGGCCUACACCUGCGCUGGUGACAUUCACCUCUCCCACUUGAUAACAGGGUGUUCUGUGAGGCUUACUCACGCCAGAAAAGGAGGUAGAACCUUGGCUGAGGAUCCCCUCACAGCCGGCACUCCAUCCUAUGUUAUGCAAGAGGAAUUCACGAGGUACAACGGCUUUUGGUGGCAGCCAAAAUCCACAGACGGUAUUUAUCGCAUCGUAUACGAGGAGGUUGACGAGAGUGAUGUGAAGAUUUUCUGUUUUCCCUCUUCUACUCUCAAUUCUGGGGAAGUCGAUGAAUUCAGGUUUCCACGUGCUGGCGCGUUGAAUGCCAAGAGCAAUCUCAAGAUUGUCCAGUUUCGAUUAACUGAGACACUUCAGAUUGUCGAUAUUGAAAUUCUGGAGCUUCCGUUUCCCCUCCACAUUAUGUUCCCCAGUAUGGAGUACUUAGUGAGGGUGGGUUGGACCCCAGACGCUCAGUACGUCUGGGUUCAGCUCCUGGACAGAAAGCAGCAGAGGCUCGAGCUGGUUCUGCUGUCUGUCGAUAAUUUUUGCGAGCCCCCGCCCAACAUCUACAACUCUGAGAAUCACUUCACACCGUCUUUAGCGAGUAUUCAAGUGGUUUAUGUUGAACAGAAUUCGAUAUGGAUCAAUGUCAAUGAUCUUCUGUAUUUUCUUCCCUCUGACAAUUCCGAGGAGGUAAAGUUUAUCUGGGGCAGUGAGGAGUCCAAGUUUAUGCAUUUGUAUUUGAUCACUUCGAGCAUAGCCGGCUUUAGUAAUGAGGUGGAGGAACCACUGGACAUGUUGAACAGUUUCUACUUGCAGCCGCGGAUUAUUUCGAAGAUUGCGAUAACUCAGGGUGAGUGGCCAGUCCUGGGGAGAAAGCUGUGGGUCGAUGAGGCUCAUGGCAUUGUUUAUUUCACUGGGUUGAGGGAGGGGCCUCUCGAGCAGCAUGCAUAUGCUGUUUCCCUGGGAAGACCCCUCGAAAUCCGACUACUCACCAGACCGGGACACAGCUACAAUAGCAUUUAUCUGAAUAAACAGUGCACCAUGAUGGUGACUGUCUAUAGUUCUAUUAAGACAUUGCCCACCUGUCAAGUCUUCAGAUUAUCUCAAUCAGAUUGGAGUGUAGAGAGCAUAAGUUUAACGCCAGUUGGGUAUUUGCUGGAACCCUCGAUCUCAGAAACGGAAUUGCUAGCCCCAUCGAUCUACGCACACAAGAUAUCUUCAGGGGAUACUAUUUAUUCAAUGGUAUUCAGGCCCCAUAAUUUCCAACCUGGGCAGAGGUAUCCCACAAUCCUUCAGGUUUAUGGUGGGCCAGAGGUUCAAUUAGUUUCAAAUACUUUUAAAGGAAUGAGGCACUUGAGGAUGCACAUGCUAGCCUCUCAGGGCUACUGCGUCGUCCUCAUCGACUCACGUGGCUCCCACUAUCGAGGUCUUGUGUUUGAGAGCCACAUACGAAGAAGAAUGGGCCUCGUGGAAUUGAGUGACCAGGUGGAGGUGUUGAAAUUAUUGGCGGUCAAACUUGGAUACAUAGAUUUGGAUCGAGUUGCUCUCCAUGGCUGGUCGUACGGUGGCUAUCUGAGUCUCAUGGGGCUCGUUCAGUAUCCCAAAAUGUUCAAAUUGGCUAUCGCUGGAGCUCCAGUUACCUGUUGGAACCUCUAUGACACUGGCUAUACUGAGAGAUACAUGGAUUUACCGCGGGACAACUCUUACGGCUACAUGACCAGCUCUGUCAUAACGUACGCCAGUAAAUUUCCAGAUGAAGAGAAUCGCCUUCUCAUUAUCCACGGCCAGAUGGACGAGAACGUUCAUUUCUUUCACACCAGUGAGCUCAUAAAUGCCCUCGUCAAGAGUGGAAAACCAUACCAACUUCAGGUAUAUCCCACCGAGAGACAUAGCCUCCGCAGUCUCGACGCAACCAGGCAUUACGAGACGACACUGCUCUCGUUUCUCCAGAAUCAUCUGUGAGACUCUGAGACAAGGAAUUUUUCAAGGCCACCAGAACCCAUUCAAUUCCCCAACAAUUCGAAGAGAUCUUACGGAAAAACCACUAGGUAAAAAAAUGGAAUUUUAUCUGGGAAUUGAGAGUAAUCUUCAGCCGAAGUUUAUUUAUUUCUUUGAAGCUAGAAAUUCGUCGGAAUCAAUUUGGAAAAUUUUUACUUUACAAGAGAAUGAAAAUUUCCAGUGUUUCUAUCCAGUAGUUUUUUCGCAGGAUUUUUAUCGAAUUUGCGCGAGUUUUUAGGGAGAAAACGAAGAAUUUCAAAACAACUGCCACUCCAUCUCUUUACCUAUGUACAUAAAAAACUUAACGUUUUCGUUAUUUCCUAUCUUCAACUUCUUCCAUUGUCAUAUUUUACCUGUUCACAAGGGGUUGAAGGAACUUUUCGUCGACAGUAUUAAUCAAGAAAAACAGCUAUCAAUACCUGUUGCCAUAAUAAUUGAUACUAAAUGAGAAUACUUCGCACGUAUGCAAAGAGCAGGAAAUUGUAAAAUUCAUAUCGUUUUAUCAGUCGACAAUACUCACCAGACGUUAUUGUGUGUAAUUUCGGUUAAAAGUGUAACGUAAAUCGUACUUAUUGUCCCACAGCAACUCGCGUUUUUCAAGUUAUUAUCAAUUUCAUUUUAUUUUUUACCCAUGUGUUUUCGUUCUAAUUCUUAUUAAUUUUUUUUUAUGAAAUAACAGUUAUUGGUCAUGUAUAUACUAUUUCCAACGACCUUGUUCUUGAAAAAAUUUAAAUCACAAAGUGAAUGAAUCAAGCGAAUAGACACGAGUAUUACUGUAAUGCGAGUAUUUGCGGAUUGUCAUCAUUGUCAAACAAUAUGCAUUCAUAGAGUUAUCAUUUGAUUGUCAAUAAAUAAUAAAUUCACUAUUUUAUAUA